CUCUUGACUGCACAUAUUAGUAGGCCUGCUAUUUUUUUAUUCAUCACCUUUGUUGAAGUAGCUCUUCUCUUGGCGUGGGCACGGCGCAGUGCCCACUUAUAAGUAAUCUGGCGAACGAGACGUGAUCGUCUCCUCGAUGAUACCGGAUGAACUAUCUGUGUCCACCCGUGGCACGCGCACUUCAGACAAGUCUAGCAUUAAUUCUGGAAGAAGGGUAAAUUACGGUGCAACUUCCUCCACUGAUAUGGCGGAAUCAGCGUCGGUUGCCAGUACGGAGAGCCGAAUUCAUGCCAGAAUUGUGGAAGCCAAGUACCAGCGACAAUUUGAGGAGGGAGAUGUUCUUCCUGAAUAUUUGCAGCACAGUAAUGGAAUCCGAACAACAAAGUAUACCGCUAUUACAUUUCUCCCAAAAAAUUUGUUUGAGCAGUUUCAUCGAGUCGCCAACAUCUAUUUUCUUACGAUCGUCAUUCUCAAUUGGGUUCCUCAGCUCAAUGCCUUACAGCCGUAUCUGGCGAUGACGCCGUUAUUGUUUGUGCUAGCAGUAACUGCCAUCAAAGAUAUUGUUGAGGAUCGACGCCGUUAUCUCAAUGAUCGAGACGUUAAUAGGAGGAGCGCCGCAGUCUAUAAUAGUAAAACAGGAGCAUACGAUAGUGUUCUGUGGCAGAAUGUAUGCGUUGGUGAUGUUGUUGAGAUCAAGUGUGAUGAUGUCUUCCCGGCAGACCUGGUACUCAUUCACAGCAGUGAUAGGGUUACAAACCUCUGCUACGUGGAAACGUCUAAUUUGGAUGGUGAAACGAACCUAAAGCAGAGGGUCGUACCCAAGACUCUUAUCACGCCUGAUGGUGACUCAUUUGACCCAUCCAAGUUCAAAGCAAGAGUACACUGCGAGAAUCCGCAUCAUCAAAUUUACAGCUUUACUGGGUAUCUGCAAAUCCCGGAGAAAACUACCAAUACGCCACUGACUAAGGACAACCUGCUGUUGCGGGGAUGUGCCUUGCGCAACACCCGCUCUGUUCUCGGUUUGGUUGUGUAUACAGGUCAUGAGACGAAAGCCAUGCUGAACAACAGCGGACCGCCAUCAAAACGAAGCAAGCUGGAACGUGCCAUCAAUAAAGAGAUUGUCUGGCUGAUUGGAAUUCUGGCAAUCCUGUGUUCUAUUGGAGCAAUAGGUAACCGCGUCUGGACGGGUGCACGUGACUACAGAAACACAAUCUACCUACCAGGAUCUGAUCUGGAAUUGAACUCAGAUGCCACACUCAUUUUCUUAGUCUUGGUUAUUGCACUCCAGGUGCUGGUGCCUAUCUCGCUUUACGUUAGCGUUGAAUUUGUGAAGGUCUUCCAGGUCCUGUUCUUACACUGGGACAAACAUUUUUUCAGUGCUCGAACCAACAAGCGUCUGAUCUGCCGUGCUCUCAAUCUUAAUGAGGAUCUUGGGCAGAUUCAGUAUAUCUUCUCAGACAAGACUGGCACGCUAACGGAGAAUGAAAUGAUCUUUCGGCGAUGCAGUAUCAAUGGAAUUGAGUACCCUCAUUCGCCAGAUGUUUCGCCCACUCCAAACAUUCGUAACGCGCCUGCCAUGAGCGUGGCACAACGCCGUGCGUUGGGACCAGACAGCAAUGCAUCUGUGCCAGCUGACUACAAGCUUGUACAGCGCUUAGAGCUCUCCCAACCUGGCAGCAUAGAGGAGGAGUUCCUGCUUGUGCUUGCUCUGUGCAACACUGUUGUGACCAGUGAGAGGACUCCCACGUCUAACGGCGGCACCAAAUCUGCAACGCCGUCGCCAGACAAGCCCGCCUCUGCUUCCGUGUACGAGGCCGAGUCGCCGGACGAGUUGGCCCUUGUCUUGGCUGCUCACGCGUACGACUACGUGCUGAUUAAGAGAUCUGUGGACACAGUCACGAUACGCGUUCCGGAUGGGUCGCUGGUUUGCUACGAUGUGCUCAACGUUCUGCACUUCGAUUCAACGCGCAAACGGAUGUCUGUCAUUGUACGCCGCCAGGGCACGGACAAACUAAAGUUACUUACCAAGGGUGCUGAUUCUGCUAUCUAUUCCUGCUUCAAUCAUCCAUCUGGUGCGGGCAGUUUUACGCGCUCCGUUUCGCUACCUGAAGACGAGCUUUGCACUACGCCGCCAAUCGAAGAAACAAGAGCGGAUGCCACUCAGCGCCAACUGGACAUGUACGGAAGACAGGGUCUGCGCACGCUCUGUAUGGGCAGUAGGGACGUCUCAGUCGACGAGUAUGGAGCUUGGUUACAGGAGCACGAGGAAGCAGAGUGUGCCGCGACGAACCGUGAGGAGUUGCUGCGCUUAUCCGCGUGUCGAAUUGAGCAGAACCUGGAAUUACUGGGUGCUACUGGUAUUGAAGAUCGCCUGCAGGACCAUGUGGCUGAAACCAUUGCUGGUCUGCGCGCAGCUGGCAUCAACGUUUGGGUGCUGACUGGUGACAAGCAGGAAACUGCUAUCAAUGUGUCGUACUCCUGUCAACUAAUCGAUGAAGACAUGGAGGUGAUCGUCCUGAAUGCUACCACCCAGGCGCAGUGCGAGGAACGUCUCCUGGCUCGUCUUGAGGAGCUUAACUUGCAGCGGGCAUUUCGACACCCGAGAAAAUUUUCUUCUCAUCCAGCAAUCAGCUUCAUCUUCCCUGUAGGUAACAGUAAGGGACAGGUCUCAUUUGCAGCGUCAACUACCUCCAACCGCCAUGUUCAGCGACAGCGUGCCUUAGUGGUAGACGGCAAGACCUUGCAGUUCCUCUUGACGGACUCGCUAAAGCUCGACUUUCUUCAGCUGGCGUCGCAGUGCAGGUCAGUGGUCUGCUGCCGCAGCACUCCACUACAAAAGGCGAGUGUUGUGGGUCUAGUUCGUCAGGAACUCAACGUGAUGUCACUGGCCGUCGGUGAUGGUGCUAACGAUGUCAGUAUGAUACAGAUGGCCAACACGGGAGUGGGUAUCUCCGGUGUGGAGGGACAACAGGCUGUCAUGGCAUCUGACUUUGCUAUCAGCCGCUUCCACUACCUACACCGUCUGCUGUUGGUGCACGGCCACUGGUGCUAUGAUCGCAUUUCUCGUAUGAUUCUCUUCUUUUACUAUAAGAAUGCUCUGUUCGUGCUGCUCAUCUUCUGGUUUCAACUGUUCAAUGGCUGGUCUGGCUCGGUUGCCAUAGAAGAUUUGUACUUGCUGUUGUACAACCUUGUUUUCACGUCGGUACCGCCCAUUGUCACUGCUGUUCUCGACCAGAACAUUCCACCAGAGGUUCUCCUCGCGAGACCUGCACUGUACUCGGAAAGCCAAAGUGAUAGCAUUUACAACAAGAAGCACUUCUUCAUCACGAUGGCUGACGCUGUAUGGCAGAGUCUGGCUUUGUUUUUCGUCUCCUUUUUGGCCUACAGUGACAGUAAUGUUGGUGUACUGGAGUUUGGUACCACGCAGAACACGGCGUGCAUCCUGACAGUGACACUGCACUUGUUGAUAGAGACACAGUAUGUGACUUGGAUCCAUCACUUGAGCAUGUGGGGUAGUCUUGUUGUCUACCUCGCCACCGGCCUUGUCUACAAUGUACUGCCCGGGGUCCCUCCAUACUUUGUCAUGGAGCACACAAUAAGCACGGUGGAAUUCUGGGCAGUUGUUGUACUGUCUACAGCCAUUGCACUCUUUCCUAGAUUUUUUACAAGAGCUGUCAUUGGUUCAUUUCGCCCUAGCCCCUGCCUCGUCGCUCGCAUGGCAUCCACUAAGAAAACGUGAAACAGCCGAAGGCAGCUCGUCUAGAAUUAGGUAGGUAUUUUUGUCAACUUUCCUGCUUCCCUACUAUUUGAUUUACGCAUCUGUGUUCUACUAUUAUUUUGUGGUCAAAUUCUUCAUAAUCAUCACCGCAUGAAAACCUCUUGAAACCUCAAACAAGGACCAAUACAGAAAAUGAGCAUGAGGCAAUGAAACAAAUACAAAACAGUACAUACACUUUAUAUCAACAACUUACUAGUACUUCUUACUAGUACUUCUUUCCUCUUUUAAUGUUAAUGGCGUUCUUUCACGUACUGUGGGAUUCAGUCGACCGUUUCAUAGCUCGGGGCACUUUGCCCUGAGUAUUGUUGUUUUUUUAAUCAUCGUUGAGCUCAUAUUUAUUUUCUUUGGCUUAGAUUCACUGCUGCUGGUCAGUGCUAAGAUGAACAGCUGAUCCACUUUGACAUUUCUUGCGCGUAGCAUGUUUGGAAGUUUGAGUUAUUGCCAAUAUUGGACCUUCCAUGA